AUGGGCCAUUUAGGUGUUGAAGGUACCUUAACUCACUUGCGCGAACAAUUCUGGAUAAUCAAAGGUAGACAAUUUGUAAAAAAGGUAUUGAAUGACUGUCUCAUAUGUAGACGUUUUAAGGUAAAGACUGGAGAACAGGUGGUAGCUCCACUACCUCCUGACAGAAUUCUAGAACAUUCACCAUUUGAUGUAUCUGGCGUAGACUUUGCAGGACCUUUUUUUGUGAAUGACUCUAAUGAUAAGUGUUAUCUGAUAAUAUUUACUUGUGCUGUAGUAAGAGCUGUUCAUUUAGAAUUAGUUAAUAAUAUGAGUACUGAUUCAUUUUUAUUAGCUUUUAGGAGAUUUAUUUCUCGUAGAGGUUUGUGUUCUGUAAUUUACUCUGAUAAUGCUAAAACAUUUAAAAAGGCAAAUUCUGAAUUAAGUAAAUGGUGGAAAUAUAUUAAUAAUCCUGAAGUUAAAAAUGUAUUUGCCUCCAAAGGUAUUGUUUGGAAAUUUAUUGUUGAGAGGAGUCCAUGGUGGGGAGGUUUUUGGGAAAGGCAGAUACGUACAAUUAAAACUUGUUUAAAGAAGAUUAUUGGCAAAUCAAGUCUUUCUUUUAAGGAAUUAGAAACCAUUUUUUUAGAAAUUGAAGCUAUUGUUAAUUCUAGGCCUAUCACGUAUCUGUACAAUGAACCUUCCGAACCUUCACCACUCACUCCUUCUCAUUUUCUAAUUGGGAAAAGAUUAGCAUCUUUACCAGUAAUACAAUCUAAAAUUGAGGAAUUAAAUGUAAAUAGAGAUUCUUUAACAAAAAGGAUUAAAUAUCAACAACCAAUUUUGAAUCAUUUCUGGAAUAGGUGGAGAAAGGAAUAUUUGCUUAAUUUGAGAUCAGCUUAUAUCUCUCCACAGCCAGGUAAGAUUUGUUCAUUUAAGGUAAAUGAUGUCGUUUUAAUUAAUGAUGAGCGUUAUCCAAGGAAUAUGUGGAUGAUAGGAAGAAUUUUGGAGUUGUGUCCAGGACGAGACGGACAAGUUCGUUCUCUUCUCAUCAAAACUCCCAAAGGAAACAUAAAACGCUCAGUUCAACUUGUUUGCAAUUUAGAGAUAAAUCCUUAA